GGCGCCGUCGUGAUCAUCAACAGUACGCCACUGCCACCACUGCGGCAGACACGCAGCAUUGGCGGCCGACGACUGACUAUGGCGCGCACACGCUCUGCCUAACGUCGCUAACCAUUCCCUCCCAGGAUGCGAUGUCAAUGUCCGAAGCUCAAGCCCCUCCAGACCCGCCUGAUCGCCUCCGUCGGCGCCCUCGCCCUCGUCGCGUUGGUCUACUGGUCGCUGGCCAAUCCGCACUUGGCCUAUGCUGCUGAAUUGGCGUAUGAUGGGAGGGGCGAGUUGAGGGCCGGUCACGACCUGAUCGACCAGAUCGACCAGAACGACCACAAUUUCUUCAGGAUACAGGGGAGCAGCGACGAGGAUGGGGGCGCGAUUGCAAAGAGACAGACAGAAGAGCAGCAGCAGCAGAUCAGCGGCAAUGACAUUGCUACGCCGUUCAACAUAGCCGCGGGCAGCACAACCAUCUUCCAGUAUCCGAGUCGAUUCCUGGCUCUCAAUCAUACCGACAGAGGUGUUGGGCUGCCAAGUGAAUUAUCAGGCAAGCGCGUGCUGAAGGCACAGCACUCAGAUCUCCGCAAACGACAAGACGGCGAUGCUGCUACGACCCUCUAUAUAUCUGCCAAUGUAUGCUCUCAGCCCCAGUGGAACGGCACUGGUGUUCCUUCAAGCUCGCCUGGACAGCUCACCCUCUUCGUCUCGUCCACCUCUGGCAACGAGACACCCGGGCCCGGUCGCGAAAACACUACACAAACGGUGCAUCGGUUCAGUGGCGGCUUCGUCAACGCUUCGGUUGAGGACGUCCGUGGGGACUGGUAUAUGGCAGUCCAUGCCCCGGAAAUACCGACCGGAUUCACUGGAGAGUGGAACUACCAGCUGGCAGUCUCAAUCGACGACUAUUUCCAUGCCGCCGAUCUGGACGACCCAUAUCUCUAUCAGGUCGACACAGACAUCGAUUCUGCUCUUCUGGUCACCGACAAUCUGACACAAGCCGAUUCAGACAGUGACAUUUAUCGGAAGUGGAUGAAUCUGGCAACCCCCUUCACACUCUUUGUUGCCAACAGCAGUCUCACUAGUAUGGCUGGCAUUGAAAGCUCGUAUUGUGGUUUGCAGACACUCGUCAAAACCGAUAACCAAAUCCAAGCCGAGCAGAACGACAUGGCUGGCAGCGAGUCCCACGUGGCUAUGGGGAUGAUUACGCGAGGUCUAGGCCACAAGCCGAAGGCGCAGUUCCACGUCACAGACCUGACCGGCGCCAGUGACUAUAAGGCUUUCCUCGCCAUAAAUGGCAACUCCACGGCAGCAGGCAAUGGAGUCGUCGGUGGCGGCGGUAAAGUCUGGAAAGGAGUCCCAUUCAGGACAAAGAGGGAUGGCAAUUGCCAGUUACUAUUCAACCUGACAUUCUGUGACGAAGUGGCCUACGCUGCUCCUGCAAACGCAAGCUCGACUUUCGAAAGUCUUCAGCGCUUUUACGAGAAUUACACGCAAACAUGGUACUCGAAUUUCAAUCUCACGUUGGCGCAAAUUCCAUGCAAUACGACCUCAGACGCCAAAUACUCCCUCGCUAGAGGUUGCGAUGACUGUGCCAAAGCCUACAAGGAAUGGCUGUGCGCAGUCUCAAUACCACGGUGUGAAGACUUUUCUAACACAGCCUCCUACUUGCAGAUACGUAAUGUCGGGCAGGCGUUCAACAACGGAACCAUGCUCGACGAUACAUUUUUGAAUCAGAAUUACGUUAGCAUGGAUGAUGCGCCUACAGUGCAAGGCUCUCUGGCGUUUAAUCAGACCUACAUAUCCAGCUUCGCGACCAACUCCUCGCGCAAUGGACAAAUUGAUGCCGUCAUCAGCCCCGGGCCGUACAAAGAAGUUCUCCCCUGUGAAGACUUGUGCUACAGUCUCAUGCAAAGCUGUCCGGCCAGCAUGGGCUUCGCAUGCCCCUAUCCUGGUCGAGGCCUCGAGCGGGGCUAUGGCAAGCGUAGUGGAGAUUUGACCUGCAGCUAUCUGGGUGCGGUAUACUACCUGAACGACGGGCCGGCAGGCAUCGAGGCGAAUGGGAGACUCGUGUGGGCUAUCGUGGGCUUUCUCAGUCUGAUUCUCGCUUUUCGGACAUAGAAGGCCGACUAUGCAUGGCUCAGAAGACGCUGGAGGCGAAUGAGGAAUCACGCCGAGUAACUACAUACCUGAGGUACAGGUAGUCGUGAGAUGAUACCCAAGAUAGAUGAGAAUUGAUUUUUAUUACCU